GGGAAGACAGCUGGCCUCCGCGGAGGCCGCGGAGGCGCUGCAUGGACAGCAUGCGUUUCUCCGGAGGCCCCAACGAGGGGCCCGCGGACAACUCCAGCCAGGGGUGGCCCCUGUUAGCCGGCGGUGUCAACGGCAGCCGGGCAGCGGAGGCGCUCGGGGAUGGCGGCAGCCCCCAGGGGGACGUGCGCAACGAGGAGCUGGCCAAGCUGGAGAUCGCCGUGCUGGCUGUGACUUUCGUGGUAGCCGUGCUGGGCAACAGCAGCGUGUUGGUGGCGCUGCACCGCACCCCUCGCAAGACGUCCCGCAUGCACCUCUUCAUCCGCCACCUCAGCCUGGCCGACCUGGCCGUCGCUUUCUUCCAGGUGCUGCCGCAGAUGUGCUGGGACAUCACCUACCGUUUCCGCGGGCCCGACGGGCUGUGCCGCGUGGUGAAGCACCUGCAGGUGUUCGGCAUGUUCGUGUCGCCCUACAUGCUGGUGGUCAUGACCGCCGACCGCUACAUUGCGGUGUGCCACCCGCUGAAGACGCUGCAGCAACCGACGCGCCGCUCGCGCCUCAUGAUCGCUGCCGCCUGGGUGCUGAGCUUCGUGCUGAGCACGCCGCAGUACUUCGUCUUCUCCAUGGUCGAGGUGAACAACGUCACCAAGGCCCGGGACUGCUGGGCCACCUUCAUCCAGCCCUGGGGUCCCCGCGCCUAUGUGACCUGGAUGACGGGUGGCAUCUUCGUGGCGCCCGUGGUCAUCCUGGGUACCUGCUAUGGCUUCAUCUGCUACCACAUCUGGCGCAACGUCCGCGGAAAGACGGCUUUGCUCCCGGGAAAGGGCACCGAGGGCGCGAGUGGCGCUUUGCAUAAGGGGCUCCUGCUCGCGCCGUGUAUCAGCAGCGUGAAGACCAUUUCCCGCGCCAAGAUUCGCACGGUGAAGAUGACUUUUGUGAUCGUGACAGUUUACAUCGUUUGCUGGGCGCCCUUCUUCAUCCUUCAGCUGUGGUCUGUCUGGGAUGAGAAGUUUGUUUGGAUCGAAUCAGAAAACCCGGCCAUCACCAUAACUGCAUUACUGGCUUCCUUGAAUAGUUGUUGUAAUCCCUGGAUAUACAUGUUUUUUAGCGGCCAUCUCCUGCAAGACUGUGUUCACAGCUUCCCAUGCUGCCAGAACAUGAAUCAAACGUUCAACAAAGAAGAUUCUGACAGUAUGAGCAGAAGACAGACUUCUUACACUAACAACCGGAGCCCCACAAACAGUAUGGGUACAUGGAAGGACUCGCCUAAAUCGUCCAAGUCCAUCAAAUUCAUUCCUGUUUCAACCUGAGCCCACAUUCACGCAGCCUGACUCUUGUAGUGGUCUUUUGGGUCUACUGGCUGAAUCCAGCUAGAAAUCAUGGGAACAAAUGAACUUCUAAGAGAUAAGCGUCAGUUUGUUGAGUGCAAGACUGUGUUUCUAGUUGCAUUUUCUCAUUGCUAUGACCAAAAGUUAUGAAUUGUUUUAUAGGGGACGUUAAAAAAUUAAAAAAUUAAAAAAAUGAUGAAAAAAUAUGCUACACUAAGAUUUGUAGGCCUAAUUUUCAGAAAUAUAAUAGAAGUUAUAGUUCUAAAGGAAAAACAUAACCACCCUGGCUUUACAUUCUGUUGUUGGUUUCCUUUCUUUUCUUUUCCUUUUAUUCUGGACAGAACUAAGGCUUGCUUGGUUUAGAAGUCAUACGAUGUAGGGGCAUUAUUUCAAACAAAGUGAGCUCAUCAUCGGCCUUAGUGUUUGAAAGGAAUUAGAAGAACCUUCAGAGAAAUUUUUUCCAUCCAAUAAAAAUCAAUUCAUGCAUCAGAAAAUGCAGCCUCAGGUGCACCUGGGUAGUUCAGUCGGUUAAGCAUCUGACUUCCGGCUCAGGUCAUGAUCUCAGAGUUCCUGAGUUCCAGCCCCACGUCCGGCUCUGUGCUGACAGCUCAGAACCUGGAGACUGCCUCAGAUUCUGUGUCUCCCUCUUUCUCUGCCCCUCUCCUACUUGCACUCUCCCUCUCUCUCUCUCUCUCUUUCAAAAAUAAACAUUAAAAAAGAAAAGAAAAGAAAAUGCAGCUUCAGGCAGAGACCUGGAGAUGGGAUAGUGCCUUGGACAGGCAUGAGUUCUUGGGGCAUAUGGAGCAGGGGGUGCUUGGUUCAGAGCAGAAAGAGAAAAGUUCUGUUAAAUGCUAAAUUUCAAAAUGGUAACUUUAGAACUGACAGUUCCCUCCUUGUUUUAGGCUCCUCAUGUUGUACCAGUUAUGGAAGGUAUAAUUUAUUAAGAUGCUGAAGGUUAGAGCAAAUAUUGUCAAAUGGCUAAUAAAAUCUUUUUUCUCCCACUGCAAGGCCAUUUUAAAAUCAGAUUUAUGUAAAGAAUAUCCAGUUUUGUUAGAAGAACAGAAAUGGAUUGCCCAAGGUACUAUGUAGACUUUGUCUAGAACACUGUAAACAUAUUUUGACCAGUGUUAUAGGGUAUUCUGUGUUGUGGUGGAUAGUAACAUGAUUAUUACUUCAUGUCUGGGGUGUCCAGACUUAUAAAUAAGAGUCUCCUAAAGAGAAACUCAAGAUGUAGAAUGUCCCUUCGUGUUUAAUUAAAAAUAAUUUGGUCUUUCCUUCCAGUCUCCCAACCGUCUAAGUUACAUAUGGUAGACGAGAGGCACGGUUGGAUGGAAUGGGGUGGAGAUGGGGGGAAAAAAUUGCUCUGCACCUAGUAUGGUUUCCUUUAUUACUAAAUGCAUGAUUUUGGAAAAUUACUUAAACACACAUAAUGCUUUCAUCUCCUUGGCUGUACAGUGGGGUUGAUAACGCCUCACAGGAUUGUUGUGAGGACAAAAUGAAAUCAAAGGUGUGAAAAGAUCUUCCUGAACUGUCACGUGUCAUAUGAAUGUACCAAUUGCUUUUAUUAUAGUCUUAGGGCCUUCAGAAUUGAACAGCUUUUUCCUGUUUACUUUCCAUUAACCAGAAUUUGUUGGUUUCAUGUCUGGGAUAUAAAAUCCUAGAAUUUAAAUAUAGCUCUGCUGAUUCAUUGGAGAGCAUUGCCAGUGGCCACUAAGCCUGACUUGUGCCUAACCAAAGUUUUCCAAUUCAAAGAUAGAACUUGCUUGCCUUUAAAUGCAGGUAAGUCAUGGGGCAGCUGGGUGGCUCAGUCAGUUAAGCGUCAGACUUCCGCUCAGGUCAUGAUCUCAUGGUUUUUGAGUUCGAGCCGUGCACUGGGUUCUGUGCUGAGAGUCUGGAGCCUGCUUCAGAUUCGGUGUCUCCCUCUCGCUCUCUGCCCCUCCCCCACUCUCACUUUGUGUGUGUGUGUGUGUGUGUGUGUGUGUGUGU